GAGAACAGAACUUUACUGAAUCAUGGCGAGUACGACGAUGAUAGCGUCACCGACAAUGACGUCAGCAAUGACGUCUUACGUGAUGAUGUCGUGAACAAUGACGUGACAAAUGAUGAAAUAAUAAGUGAUAACGUCAGAUCUGAUGACCUCGGGGUUGAUGUCGUCAUGGCCGGUGAUAACGUCAGAGCUGAUGACGUCAGAGUCGAUGACGGCAUCGACAACAAUGGACUCGCUCAACCAGGUCAAGGGGUACAAUGCGAUACAUCAGGUGACUCAGUUUCUGAUGACAUGGAAACGAGGCAACAUUUAGUAAAUGUUUGA